CUCAACCAUGGCCUGCAAAAGAAAAAGUGGUUUUAAUAACCGGUGCAUCAAGUGGAAUAGGUCAAUCAUUAGCUUAUAUAUUCGCAAAACAAGGUUCAACAUUAAUUUUAUGCGCUAGAAGAGAAGACCUUUUAAAUGAUGUAGCUAAUGAAUGUAGAAAUAAAUAUGGAGCAACUAAAGUAAUAACUAUUAAAUGUGAUGUUACAAAUGAAAAUGAAGUUUCAAAUUUAAUUAAAAUUAUUGAAAAUUCAUUUAAUAAAUUGGAUUGUAUAAUUUUAAAUGCUGGAGUAUCUAUGGGUGAAUCACUUGAAGAUAUAUCUGAUUAUGAUAUACUUAAAAAAAUAAUGAAUGUUAAUUAUUUUGGAUCAACUAAUGUCACUUAUAAUUCAUUAAAUCUUUUAAAAAAGAAUAAAGGUAGUAGAAUUGUUGUAAUUAAUUCUUUAAGUGGAUUUAUACCACUUCCUUUAAGAACUGGUUAUUCUGCUUCAAAAUUUGCACUUCGAGGAUUUUUUGAAAGUUUACAACUUGAAGUUUGGAAGUAUGAAAUUUUUGUUACUAUAGCGUAUCCGGGUCCAGUUUUAACUGAAAUAAACAAAAAUCGAUUAGGUGAUAAUGCAAAGCAGUUGGAUAUGACGGGUGCGAUGACGUCUGAUGAAUGUGCAAGUAUAAUUUAUAAAGGUAUUUGUAGAGGUGAUAAAGAAGUAGUAUUUACUACCAAGGGAAAAUUUGGAAGGUUGAUGGAAGGUGUUUUCCCGGACGCGUGGUCUUAUUUGUUAAGAAAAUAUUCCUUGAAAGCGUUAACAGGGUCUAAUGAGUCAUAA